UAGUUUUUAUUUGGUUUGUACAAGUAUGUAGAUUAUGUAAGAAAGUGUGAAAACUUACAAAUUACUACAGAACUGAAUACUCCUUUUUAUAAAUUAUUGCGCAAUAUUCAGCCUCAUCAUGAAAAAGAGGCAGCCGUUGCUGCAAAUCUUUUAUAUUUUAUUAUCUCUUACGAUACGGGGACAUUGAAAAAUCACGCGCAACGAAUAAUGGAGAAUUAAUUAUCUCAAUAAUAAUUUCCCGUAAUUUUUCGUAUUUUGUGAUGACUAUUUGAUUACCUCCAUAAUUGUAUGCACGUAUUUUAUGAUAAACAUUGCUAAUUACCAUUUUACGAAUUUUUUUCAAGAGAGAAGACGUACUAUCAAACUUGAUUACUUUUAAAACUUAAAACUUCAAUAAAACUGCUAUUUUAAUAGCAACAACUUUCUACACAGACUCAGUAGUUUGUGUAAAAACUCAAGAACAGUUUAUUAUAAUGGAAAACAAUGACGGAGACCAUGAAAUGAUAGUAGAAGACUUCAACGAACUAUUUGAAGAAAAGUCAGUAGCUCAUGAAAGUAUCAUAUUAACAGAAGAUGACAUUAGUGACCCACAUAUUCAUAUAGAUUUUGAAAAACUUUCAAAUUACAAAGUCGAACAUUUAAAAAGAUGGCUGGUAUUCCGAGGAGACACACUUCAAGGUAUUACAACUUUGAAAGAACCUCAAGUUCGUGUUAUGAGCUAUUUCGAAAAUAAAACUGAAGCCAAAAUUGUAGAUCCUACACCUGAUAAAAUCUGGCUACGUAAAAAAGCAGAAAAAAUGGGAGUUAUUUUGAAACCGCUGUGGAAAGAGGGAAUGCUUCCAUCAGUCCCUUUGAAACUCAAAGCUGAUAUGUCAAAACCAACUGAUUUAACAGGUUGGUCGAAAUCCUUGAAAGGAAUGCCAAAUUUUACAGUUGAACAUAUUCAAAAUUAUCAUGAACAUGUCAAUGAAACAUUUUGUAAAAAUUCAACAAAAAUAAAGAAACAUUUUAUACGUGGCGAACAAUUCCUCGAAGAGAAGUUCUUAGAUACUGAUACAAUAUAUGUUAAAGAAGAUGAAACAAUAUUUUGUUUAAAGGGUGUAGCUGCAGCUAGUUUGAAAAAAGCAAAUAGAUGGGUUUUUUUAGCCAUAGAGAAAAAAACCUCCAAUAUUGAGUUUGCGAACUGUCAGUGUCCAGCUGGACGUUGUGGGACAUGUUCUCAUGCAUAUGCUAUGAUGAAACUUUUAGCAAAGUGGGUAGUAGAUGGCCUAUCUAUGGUACCGGCAACUAAAGCAUGUACUUCAAAGCCCUGCGUGUGGAAUGUUCCGCAGUCCAGAGGUAGAAUAGAAAAGGUUCCUAUCAUGGAAAUGAUGAUCAAGUCUCCUCCAUCGAAAAAAACUAAAAAAACUGACAAUGUUCAAGACAAAAAGGGUAUUGUUUCAUCUCUUUACGAACCUCGAAUAGUUAAAAACACUUUAAAAGAUGAUAUCAAUUUUCUCAUAAGACAUAUGGAACAUAAAACACCAACAAAUAUAUGUGCAACCAAAUUACUUAAUCCCAAUCCAGUUCAUCACAGACAGACACAAUUUGGAACUUUACCAUCAGGUUCGUACCUCUCAUAUCAGUGUUCAGUUAUGCCACCUGAUUUUACAGUAUACUGUAGCAUUGACAGAUCAGAUGGAAAAGAGUACCCAUUGUAUCAAAGAUAUCCACAAUUUCCAUUCCAAUCAUUGGAAAAUGUUAUAGACACUUUUACUAAGGAUAUUCAUAUUGUUGAAAUAAAGAAAAACAAUAUUUUAGAAAAUUUAAAAUCCCACUCCGAAGAUGUUAACUUGAUUGAAACGAGUACAAGAAAUCAAGCUGAUGAUCCGACCUGGUUUUUAUACCGCAAGAACAGAUUUACAGCAUCUUUAUGUAACAAAUUGGGUAAAACUGGACGAAAAACUGAAAAAUCUUCGAAGACAUUAGCCCAUAACAUUGUGACAGGGAGUAAAAAAAAUGUGAACAGGAUUAUGAAAAUGAAAAUGGAGUACGGUCGAUUUUACGAACCCAUAGCAAUCCAACAUUAUGAGCGAUAUAUGAAGUUGAAGAAUUUUAACAUAACUGUAGAACAAUCAGGUUUAGUCAUUGAUCCGAUCAAUUUUGUGUUGGGUGCUACACCUGAUGGUAAAGUUAUAUGUGAUGGAUGUUUUGGUAUAUUGGAGGUGAAAUGCAGCGAACAGUACAGGGAUGUUGAUCCAAAAACAAUUUGCCACAUUUCACCAAACCCGUGUAUAGUUUACAACAAAGAAAACAAUCAAAUUACUAUAAAUAAAAACCACACGUAUUAUGACCAAGUACAAAUGCAACUUGCUAUAACAACACGCACAUGGUGUGACUUCGUAUUUUAUACAUCGAAAGGAUUAGCCAUUGACAGAGUUCCCUUUGACACAGAAUAUUGGGAUACAUUGCAGCACCGAAUCUUGAAAUUUUAUUUUACGUACAUGUUACCCGAAAUUGUGGAAUUAGAGGAAUGA